AUGGAGGCUGCGCAGAAACCAGCAGAGAUGCUUGUAGCGCGGAUUUUGGAUGCCGUCUAUAGGGCUGUCCACAACGCAAGCUGGUCCCUUGUCAACGAAGCUUGUGAUGGGAUACAGUCGGCAACGGCAGUGCAGAAAGGCACGCCACCGCAGCCAUGGAGGUACCGGGUGGUUCACCGAACUCUCGAAUUGAGUGGCAAUGCAGAGGAGAUUUCUCCAUUCCGCCCCAGGCUGUUGGUGCUCGGCUCGGAAAAGCAGUGGCCGUACUCGCUGAGGAAAAAAGAAAGAAAAACAGGAUGA